CUGACAACGCUCGCCCAUGUUAUUGUUGUAAUCAAUUCUUUCGUCUUGCCGAUUCUCACCCUCGUUUGGAAUACCCGUUUUCCUCUUUUUACCAACACUCGCUGACACCGACCCGCUUACUUUUUUUUUGCAACCCCCGAAUCAACACGUCAAUCUCACAUCUUCAGGAACGUUAAUCCUAGCCACCGUUGAGACCAGUAUCACGCCCAUUCCGUUUUCCAUCUAACGGUCUUGUCGAAUUCGAAUAUCUCGUCAUACUUUUCCCCCCAUUUUCAAUUGUUCAUCAAAAGACGCCAAACCAACCGACGCAAUGACCAAGCUUGCGGCCGUCGCUUCGGCCCUGCUCAUGGCGAGCAAGGUCGCUGCUCUUGACCCCAUCAUCGUCAAGGGAUCCAAGUUCUUCUACGAAAACGGUACACAAUUUUUCAUGAAGGGCAUUGCAUACCAGGAGGACCCUGCUGGUGCCGGCGGUGAGAACGAAGAGGGUAGAUACCUCGACCCUCUCGCCGACAAGGAAAAGUGCGAGCGUGAUGUUCCCAUUCUCGCCAGUGCUCAUACCAAUACCAUCCGUGUCUAUUCCAUCGACCCCGAGAGGAACCAUGACGACUGCAUGAAGCUCCUCCAGGAUGCUGGCAUCUACGUUGUCGCCGACCUGGGCGAGCCCCUCAUGUCCAUCAACCGCGAUGGCCCUCAGUGGACCGUCGACCAUUUCCAGCGCUACAAGGACGUUAUCGACGUCCUCGCCGAGUACGACAACACCAUUGGCUUUUUUGCCGGAAACGAGGUCUCCAACAACAAGACCAACACCGCCGCCUCGGCCUUCGUCAAGGCUGCCGUCCGCGACACCAAGGCCUACAUCCGUGAGACCAAGGAUCGUUGGCUCGGCGUCGGCUACGCCGCCAAUGAUGACCCUGAUAUUCGCGGUCCCAGUGCUCACUACUUCAACUGCGGCGAUCAGGACAGCGCCAUUGAUUUCUGGGGCUACAACAUCUACUCGUGGUGCGGCCAGAGCAGCCUGCAGCGCUCUGGCUACGAUCAGCAGGUCGCCUUCUACUCCAAUUACUCCGUCCCCGUCUUCCUGGCCGAGUACGGAUGCAACGAGCCCGGUGGUGCCGAGGGUCGUCUGUUCCAGGAUACCACCGCCCUGUACUCUGACGACAUGAGCGAGGUUUUCUCCGGCGGUAUCGUCUACAUGUACUUCCAGGAGGAGAAUGACUAUGGCCUUGUCGAGAUUGAUCGUAACGGUAAUGCCGAGACGAUGGAGAACUACGACGUGUACUCCUCUCGUGUUGCUGCGGCCACGCCUUCGUCCACCUUGGCUGAUGACUACGAACCUACCAACUCGCCCGCCAGCUGCCCGCCUCUCCAGGAGCACUGGAGGGUCACCAGCGAUGCUCUUCCUCCCACUCCUGACGACGACCUCUGCGAGUGCAUGGUCAGCACUCUGAGCUGCGUCCCCGAGUCGAACAUCAGGCCGCGCGAGAUGCAAGCCAUCUUCGAUUUCAUCUGCAGCGAAGACCCCGCCGCUUGCGCCGGCAUCACCACCAACACCGAGACGGGUGUCUAUGGCGCCUACAGCAUGUGCGACGACAGGCAGAAGGUCGCCUUCGUCAUGAACGAGUACUACCAUAACUUGGACGAGGCCAGCGACGCUUGCGACCACGAAGGCCUCGGCGUCGUCCGCUCGGCCCCUGGAGCUGACAGCACCUGCUCUAGCGGCCUGGCUUCCGCCAGCUCCCAGAACGAGUAUGCCGCCACUGCCACCCAGGCCCCGGCUUCUUCCGGUAGCGCCGGCGACGAUGAUGAGGAUGAUGACGAUGAGAACUUCGGCCUCGUCUCGAAGCGCCUGGAUAUGGCCUUCACCCUCGGUGACUAUGCUGUCGGCCUCUACCUCGUUGUGGCCGGUGGUGUCGGUGCCGCCAUGGUCGUGCUAUAAAGAGGUGUUUGAAGCAUAGUCGGUCAAGGAAUUGUUCCUCAAUAUUUCUCCCAAGAACAUCUUCCUUCAUUGUGUCUGUAUCCCGACAUUCAAAGUGUCCUUGUCCUUUCUUAGUAUAGCAUCAUCAAAGACAAACGGUUGCGGCAUAGUCGUUUCGAUCCAUUUUGCGUUUUCUUUGGCCUAGGCUGGGCUGAACAUGCUAUGGUACUCUUCUCAUUUGGGUUCGGAUCGCAUUCUUCUCGUUUCGUCUUUUUAGUAUGCGUUGUUGUAGUAGCAUAGCCCUCUGAGCGUUGGGUAUUAUCCAGCUUGGGUAGCCCACAAUGACAC